AUGGCUCGUGUUUGCAUCCGCCGUGGUGGCGAUGCUGGUUCUGCUUCCCCUGCUACAGGUGGUACUGAGCGUUUAGGUGGUGCCGAGCGUUUCGGUGCUGCUGAGCCUUUUGGUGCUACUGAGCCUUUUGGUGCUACUGAGCUUUUCGGUGCUGCUGAGCGUGCCGGUGCUGCUUCCCCUACUGCAGGUCCUGCUGAUGUUGGUAACCGUGCUGAACGUACUGGGGGUGCUGAGCGUUUUGGUGAUGCUGAGCGUGCUGGUGGUUCCGAUUCCUCCGGUUCUGUAGCCCUCUUCCUCUUCGAACCUUUCGCUUCUCCUUUCUUCGCUGGUUCCACUUGUGCUGGCGCAGUCUGGGGUAGCAAAGGCGGAGCCCUAGGUAUCCGCUCAAGCUGA